CACACACUCACACGCGAGCAUCCCGAAGGGUAUUUAAGGCUCGCACACGCGAGGCUGCGGAGAUACUUCGGGCAGCCGCUACUUGAGCCUCGCCACUCGAAUUUGCUCCUUAGGUUAUUUCGUUUUCCUGUCUUCCCCCACUUAGCCAUCCCUUUGGCGAGGCGCUCUCGCGGUCUCUCUCAGCCUUUCUGCCUGGAGCUGAAUCUAGGUGGCAAACAGGUCGGCUUGCGGAAAGGCACUGAAUAGGUAGAAAUAAGGCAAACUAACGGAGACGCAACAGGUCGGGGGCUCGGUGGCGAAGGCGAGCGGCGGCCCCUCGCUGCGCCUCUUGCGCUGUCCCUUGGACCCUGGGCGGCCGUUCUCGAGGACCCCUUCCGAGGUGUCCGUCCUCUGAGGGGCCAGGAGGGCCAGCCGGGAGGGUUUCAUUCCGGUUUUUACCUUUUGCCACCAGUCCUCGGUCUGAGGGUGCUUUUCAAGAAAGCGGAGAGGAUGGUCCACGUCUGCUGGUGUCGGCGCUGAGGAAAGCGGAGCUCCAUCUGCGCGCCCGAUCUCCGCCAACUAGUUGUGCAGCCGCCUAGACUGAACUUUGGAGGAAUCGUCCUUCUUCUUUCCUUUCAAGAUUCUUGGAAGUGGUAGAGAGUGGGAGGCGAAGCCGAGGCAGCUGAUCCCUCUACGAUGCUGGUGAAAAAGCAUGCAGGGAAAGGUGGGGGUCGGGAGCCAGGCUCCGAGUACCCGAGCCCCGCCAGGCAGCGUUGUGCCUGGACCGUGCCCCCCUGCACCGCCCUGUCGGCCCUUCUGUCGGUGGUGGCCGUGAUGUCUUGUCUGUACCUGGGGGUGAAAACCAACGACCUCCAGGCGAGGAUCGCUGCUCUCGAAUCCUCAAAAGGGGACCCUUCCAUCCAUCUGCUUCCCGAUGGCCUGGAUCAGCUCAAAGCAAUGGUGCAAGAGAAAGUGGAGCAACUUCUGGCUCAGAAAUCCUAUGAACAUAUGGCUAAAAUAAGAAUUGCAAGAGAAGCACCUUCAGAGUGCAACUGCCCAGCAGGCCCUCCAGGGAAACGAGGUAAGAGGGGCCGAAGAGGAGAAUCUGGUCCUCCCGGUCAACCUGGUCCUCAGGGCCCUCCAGGUCCAAAAGGUGAUAAGGGAGAACAAGGUGAUCAGGGACCUCGGGGUCUGCCAGGCUUCCCCACAGUUGCUGCUCUGCACAGUAAUCAGAUCCUCACCGUCAAGGGUGACCAAGGACAGGCUGGGCCUCCAGGACCUCCAGGCCCUCCUGGCCCAAGAGGGCCUCCAGGGGACACAGGGAAAGAUGGCCCCCGUGGAAUGCCAGGAGUGCCCGGUGAACCAGGGAAACCAGGAGAGCAAGGCUUGAUGGGUCCUUUGGGGCCUCCAGGACAAAAGGGUUCUGUGGGAGAACCUGGAAUUCCAGGGGUGAAUGGUCAAAAGGGUGAUCCCGGGUUGCCUGGAGCAGUAGGACAAAAUGGAAUACCAGGGCCAAAGGGAGAACCUGGAGAUCAAGGCGAAAAGGGAGAAGCUGGAGAGCAUGGCCCCAAAGGUGACACAGGCGAAAAGGGUGACCCUGGGUCAUCAGCUGCAGGAAUUAAGGGAGAACCUGGAGAAUCUGGUCGCCCAGGACAAAAGGGUGAACCAGGGCUUCCUGGGCUUCCUGGACUUCCGGGGAUAAAGGGAGAACCAGGUUUCAUUGGUCCUCAAGGAGAACCAGGCUUACCAGGGUUACCAGGAACAAAGGGUGAACGUGGGGAGACAGGGCCUCCUGGAAGAGGUGAGCGAGGGGAGCCUGGAGCCCCUGGACCAAAGGGUGAUCGUGGAGAGAAAGGGGACUCUGGAGCCCUGGGACCAAGGGGUCCACCUGGUCAAAAGGGAGAUCAGGGAGCCACCGAGAUCAUAGACUAUAAUGGCAACCUCCACGAAGCCUUGCAGGGCCCCCCUGGACCACCUGGACCUCAAGGACUACAAGGGCCAAAGGGAGAGCCAGGAUCUCCAGGAAUUCCAGGAGUUGAUGGAGAGCAGGGACUUAAAGGCUCUAAGGGAGACAUGGGGGACCCAGGUAUGCCAGGUGAAAAAGGAGGAAUCGGACUUCCUGGAUUACCGGGUGCCAAUGGAAUGAAAGGAGAAAAAGGAGACUCCGGAUUGCCAGGUCCUCAGGGUCCUUCUAUCAUAGGCCCACCAGGCCCACCAGGCCCCCAUGGCCCACCAGGCCCCAUGGGACCCCAUGGACUUCCUGGACCAAAGGGUGAACCAGGGUUAAAUGGUGUUAAAGGAUUGAAGGGUGAACCAGGUCAAAAGGGUGACAGAGGACCCCUUGGUCUUCCAGGAGCAUCUGGCUUAGACGGAAAGCCAGGAUCCCGGGGUACAGAUGGCCCUAUGGGACCCCAUGGCCCCGCAGGUCCCAAAGGAGAAAGAGGUGAAAAAGGAGCUAUGGGAGAACCCGGACCCAGAGGACCCUAUGGUCUGCCUGGCUUCCCUGGUCCACGAGGCGAGAAGGGUGAUGUGGGAGAAAAGGGAGAAAAGGUGACCUCUCCAUUCUAGCAUGUGCCUGUUUGAUUUUUCUCUUGCUGUGUGCUGUUCAACCUAUGUGAUUCUUUCAUGUAUCUAAUUGUUCUCCAUCCUGUGCUCCAAAAACACAGUGACGCCUGUUCUAAAAAAACAGGUCUUCACAGGUUCCAGUGCUGGAAAUAAGGGCAUGGUCUAGCAUAGAAGAAUAUUGCCAGGCUUACCUGACACCAAUUAGUUGAAAGAUGUAAUGUCCAGGGAUUCUCAAAAGUGAAAUAAAAAAGCAUUUAUUACAUUAAAGUAAAAUUAAAUAGCACAAAUCUGCAAAGGUCUUCUGGCAGAGCUCAUCUAACCCUGUAAAGCCACCCUCUCGUUUUCAGGCACGGCAUUCCCAGCAGAGACAUAGAAGGUGUGUCCUGUAUCCCAACUAUUUGAUCGGAAAACGAAGGACAAGCAGUGUGACUGAUAAACCCCAGUGAGUUUAUCAGGGACUAGGACCUUCCACUUUUGAUGCUGGAGAUAUUUUUAAAUGAAGAUUUCCGUGUAUUUUAUGAGGCUGGUGUUCAGGUUCUGUCUCGGGACCACCGGCCGCAGGUAUAUAGCAGCCAAUGCCAGAAAAAAAUUUUUUUUUUUUUUUUUUGCCUGAAAGCAAAAUUUGGAUUACGAAUUUUUAAAAUCAUUUCUUCCUUUCCUCUCCCCUUUGCUUGGGUCCUUGAAGACUCGUUGUUUACAUGAGACACAACAAAACAAGUAAAAGUGGCUGAAAUUGGACCUUCCCACUUCAAAUUGACACCAGUUCUGUUUCUCAGGUUCAUUUAUGCCCCCCUGCUGUACUUAACAACACAGUUUUCAAAACCUAUAAAUUCCUUUUAACCGUGAAGGCAAUUGCUGUUGAAAAGCAAGGCCGAAUUAGAAUUGUCAAAGAAAGAAGGAUAUUAACCCUGCUGUGUGUUCCUUAGACUUUAGACAUUACCUGGCUUCCCAUUGGUAAGAAAGCUUCUGUCCCCAGUUAUGUAAAAACACUAUCAUCAUUAACAACAUCAUCACCUUUAUUGAACACUUACUACAUAUUUCCCCAAAAGCUUUACAUAAGCUAAGUCUUUUCAUCCUCAUAGCCCCCCCCACCCCCCACCUCCCCGAGAUUGGUGCUGUUACUGUCCCCAUUUCACAAAGAAUGUGAAACAUUUAAAAAAGCCUUUUUAUUCCAAAUUAUAAAUUCUAACUGUAAAAUACACAUGUUUUGAUUUGAGACAAAUUGUACAUGUAAGCUUUUAGCCCAAGGUGGGGGUGCUUUAAAGAUUAUAGACAUUUAUUUUAUAUUUUUUAAUGGGUUGUAGGAGUCUAUAAUCUUAUUCACUCAGAAGUAUGUCACCAUUAUGGGGAUGCUCAUUUUAAUGCUCUUUCAAACAAAGAUGAAAUUACCAGUAUUAUAACUGAUGGAAACACAAAGCUAAAAAUUUAAUCUUCAGAAUAAUGUUAAUUACUCAUACAAAAAUAUCUCCAUAUUUCAGAUUCCAUGAUUAGAAGUUUUAUAUUUAGGAAAAUUAGAUCCAAAUGUGAAUACUUUAUGUAUAUCAUUCUUUGACAUGGAAGAUAAAAAUUAACAAGAGCCCUCAUGUGCUCAUACGCACUAGGGUUUUGUGUUGCAUAGGGAAUCACUGACUAUUAGAAAAUGAGGUUGGUUCAUAAUAACGCUGAUUCAUUAUUCUUCAUAUAAUAGUAUAGUGUCUGUUUUCCAUAAAGCUUGAGGUCUGCUAACAUAUUACUGAAAAAUGAUUCCUAUAACCUGAGACAACGUUCAUAUGACAACACUUUUCUAUGGAGUGACUAAUUUCAGUUGAUUUACCAAAUAAUGAAUUGAAUUCUAAAUUAUCAAUACCAAACACACCUGUCUCACCUAUGUGACGAAGAGUCCACUGUCUCCUGGGAGAGAAGAGCUCACCCAAACAAGUUUAAAUCAAUUUUAUGUUGUGACACUAAAGUUAUUUGCUGAGAAUGUUGACGGAUCUUGCAUGAGUGAGCAAUUUAGUCCCGACCGCCCCUCCUCACUCACUUCCUAUCACACCUGCUCUCAUGUCACCCUGGAUUCUCAGGUCUUUGUCUUUGAUCAUGAUUAAUAAACCACAAAGAAUUUCUCUCUUUCCCCAGUAUUCAAGAAACCCAAGUGUUUUUGAUUCUGAGCCUUCUGAUGCAAUCUUUUUGGCACACAGGAGAUAAAUGAGGAGCUUUCACUCACACAGUCAGAAUGAAUGUGUUAAUUUGGAUGCUUAUUUCAUAUAUAUCUUAUGUAUAUGUAUUUGAAUAUUCAUGUUGUUUCACUUCUGAAAUUAUUCACUUUUAUUGUAACUGCCUUCCUGAGUGUGGAAUGAAUACACUAAUUUAAAUAUGUAUUGUACAGUAUUUCGUAUUCUGUACAGCACCAACUUCUUGUCUAUAAAUAUGCAGAGAUAUUUAUGUUAAUAAGAAACAGCUGAGGUGCAUUCCUUCCUUCUCCUCCUUUUGCCUCCUUUCCUUAAUUCCUCCAUUCCCAUGAUCCAUGCAGAUUUCCACAACCUUUACCAUGAUUCCUAAAUACUAAUUUCCAUGGCUACAUUCCCACUAUGUAAUUAUCCUGCCUAUCUCAUUUUUAGUGUUAGCUCAACUGAGUCCAAACUGCUUUUCCUCUCUUGAACAGAACUUUUUUUUUUUUUUUUUUUUUUUUUUUUUGCUUUUGUUACAUUGUGAGUAACCUGGAAAUCCAUUUACCAUUGUGAACACCUGGCAUGAAAUCUGUAAGGGUGAAUUAAAGAACAUCCCUGGAUUUAUAAAUAAGUCUAUUUCUCCAACUGGCAUUUCUGAGAAGUAUUAGCACUUUUAAAAUUUCUUUACCUGACUUAAUAAAGAAAAUAUUUGCUUUUAGUUUCCUAAAUAAUGUUAAAAAAAAAACACAGAAGCAUAUUUCAAUUUACUGAAUAUUUUUUUAAUGAGAGCUACCAAAAAUGUUAUAAAAUUGGAUACAUUUCCAAAAGAUAGAAGCUAUUAAUAUUCUGUCCUUUUCGUCUGGCUCAGCGUAGCUUUCAUCUGUUACAGGGUUAGAAAAAAGUAAGCUGACAAGGUAUUGAAAACUGUACCCAGUUUUUCACUAUUCCUUUGGAUUUGACCGACCACUGGCUGCCUCCCAUACAGUUGGUAUCCGUCAUCCUCACCAGAUCUAAGGCGGAAACAGCUCAUUUGCCAAGACUGUGGCGGCUGGGUCUAAGUCAGCCCUUGAUGUGUCGGCCUUUUAAAUCUUUUUUCGUCCUGUUGAGCCUCUGAAGUAAAAUCCCACCUAUCACUGCCCAGAAGCCACUGUCACUCUGAAAAUCUAAGUUAUCUUUUAUAAUAUCAUGCCUUACCUAAACCGGAAAACAGUGGUAAAUGCCCUUCCAGACAUUUAUUGGCUACACCAUUUUUUGAAUCGCCAUUAUUCCCCCCGCCCCAAAUAAAACCCAUCUUUUAUUGAAACUCUUAUAUCCACAGGGGGAAAAGGGAAAGAAAGGCAAAAAGGGGCCUAAAGGGGAGAAAGGAGAACAGGGUGCUCCUGGAUUAGAUGCACCU